UGAUGCUCGUAAACUGCCGAGAGAAAGAGCUAGCAAAGACACAAACCGAUGAACUGCCGGCAUAGUCGGUGGGUGUGAGAAACAGAGAGAGAGAGAGAGAGAGAGAGAGAGAGAGAGAGAGAGAGAGAGAGCGAGCGAGCGAGCUGAUGCUGGACGCCCCGAUGCUGCUCAAGCAACGGAGUGUGUAUUGACGGAUCAGUCGUAUCAAAGUAGGAGAUAGAGCCGUUAACGACUGUUUCUGGAAGCUGCUGUUUUAAGCUCACAUUACUGAAGCAAUGCAGUCCCAGGGCAGCACUUCCUCUCAGCCCUCCUUCGAUUCCCUGAGUUUCAGUGACAGCCUCUUGUUGAGCGACUCGGAGCAGGCAGAGGACGACACAGACGUCUUCCUGACAGACAGCUCAUCCCCUGUCAUCAUCAGUGGUGUGGAUGGGGCUACGACUAAUGGGGACAGAGGGUCAGAGAGUCCCGGGUCCCAGUGGACAUGCGACGGCUUCACAGAUAAAGAGGAAGAGGAGGAGUCAUACAGGUCGGAGAACAGAACCAAGGCAGCUCACAUCAGUUUGGGCGAGACAGAUCCCACAAGCCAGAUUCCUAAAUCACAGGGAGACCUGCUGUUUGCUCAAAAGUGUGCUGAGCUACAGGGUUUUGUCAGGCCCCUUCUGGAGCUGCUGAAUGGACUGAAGAGGGGCCGCUUCGAUCGAGGUUUGAGUAGCUUCCAGCAGAGCGUCGCCAUGGAUCGGAUCCAGAGGAUCGUGGGUGUUUUACAGAGACCCAACAGCGGGGAGAAGUACCUGAACACUCUGCUCCAGGUGGAGAUGAUGCUGAAGCUUUGGUUUCCUCAGAUCCACACUCAGCCUGUCUCUGCCGCCUCCAGCGUGGCCGCAUCCCCUGCUCACUCAAUCCAAGACACUUCCAGCUCCACCCCGCCGCACAAGCACAGGGAUCAGUUACACAUUCCCGUCAAGAAGCGCAGACUCAGCUGGACAAGUAUGGACUCCCCCACGCCUUCCCCUGUGCUUCUCAAGUGCCCUCGUAUCAGUGUGAAAGACAAGAAGGGGAAGCAAGAUUGUGAUGAAAGGGACAGCCCUCUUCCUCCAUCAUUGGAGCCUGAUGCAAACCAAAAUUCACCAGAUGUUGCUGGUAACAGCCAGCUAAAUGAGGACACAAAGGGAAAGGACAGUGGCAGCGAGGAACUAGGCAAUCAAUCAAAAUACCAAGCAGGUCAGAGCUCUGAGCCGAGCCUGACAUGGGUUCACGUUGCCCCCAUCCUGUCCCCACGAAAAGCUUGCCCUCCACAUAAGGGCACAACAGUGGCAGACAACAAUGAAAACCAGCCAGUCACUGUCAUCCUCCCACCCAGCAGGAGGGGCAGUCCAGCUAUGCAAGACAGCUCCAUCUCUUCUACCACACCUUACAAGCACCCCAAAAAUCUGAAGAAGCCAAUCGGGUGCCAAAGCCAGCCAAUUGCUGGACAACAGAGUGAGAUCACAGAGACAUGUCCGGGUGAAAGUCAGCCUCCUCAAGUCACGCUUACGCCUUUGCCCGAGGUAUGCCCCACUCCCUUGGAGACCUGAUGCAUUGAACAACGUCAAGCAAAGAGCCGGCAGCCUUGCUUUGUUACACCACCGGGCUAAAUGCUGCUGUGUGAGGAAGAGGCUGAAGGCCUGUGAUUAUAGAUGCAUUAAAGGAAGGAAGGGGAGGAAAGAAUUUUAUGUGAUUUAAAAAAAAAAAAAAAGAGAAAUGAUGGAUCAUACAUAACCCCUCAUGAAAACCACAAUUGCAACCGAUAUUUCAAACAGCAGGACAUAAUGUGUUUAAAUGAAUCAAAUCUACUAGAGUUGAUAAUCAGAAUAACAUAAUAAUCUAAACGGGCACAAAAGCAGUUGUGGUUGAGGGGGGAUGAGAAAGAACACCUAAAGCCGGAAGGCUAUUUACAGCUUGUUGAGUAAUGAUCGAUCGGAGAGAUUUUGAAGAAUUUUGUGCAGCAAAUAAUAGAUUCUUCUCAGCAUGAAAGCAAUCACUAUAUUCAGAGAUGACUGUUUAGGCAGACAUCUAACUUGAGGGACAAACUUGAUCCGAAAUUUGAAAAGCUGAUGUCAAUAUUUAGAAUGAAAGCGUCCAAGGUUUGUUGUGAUGAGGUAACUUCAAUCAAGAGUGAGUAACGCAGUGUGAGCUGAAUUUGAUGAGGUCUUACGGCAGGAGACACGCUUGACGUUACAUUCGCUUGUAGAUAGAAUUGAGGCAUCUGGCUUGAAGAGGAAAAGUGACAUUGAAGUCAUUAAUAAUCUUGUAGCUAGAGAUGUGAGAAAUACAGUGUACAGAACGCAGCACUAUACUGUACGUGUGGUGUGUUAAGAGUCAUCGGAGACUGGAAAAAGUUAUGUUAAUAAAAUUACGAAUGUAAUCCAAGAACUGUUUGGGCACUUGGCAUCGAGAGGUAUGACAUCACUGCAAUCGGAAGUAAACUUUUCUUGUCAUGCUGCGGAUCAGAUGUCUCUGCCCGGUCCUUGGCUGCAAACUGACGAAAAAACAAGGACCACUCAAAGACCUAUGACUCUUGAAUCCCACGGUUAAUUUAUUCAUGUGUUGAUUGGACACUGCAUUUAUUUAUUGUUUAUAUUUAUUUAUUGGGCAGAUGAAUAUUGCCUGCUGUGCGAUUGCAUAGUUUGGCUUACAAUUCUUUUAAGGGUAUUGGGAAUAUGCUGGUGACUGUUGUUUUUUUUAUUGCUAUUAUGAGGAGAAGGAAGUGAAAUGUAUGAUUGGACUUUGGACUACUGUGCCUUUUUACCAAAUAGGAUGUGUUCAGAAAAGCAUUUGGGGCUUUCAGUGCAUUCAUACUGCGUUUUGAUUGUUUGCUUGUAUUUCACAAAAGCAGUGCACAUUCAAUCAUGAAAGCCCACAUGUAGUCAUUUUCAUCUUGCUUCUACAGUUAAUACACACAGCAUCCAAACCAACAGUAUCAUCAACUAUCUAUCUACUGCUUAAAAAAAAAAAAAACGGCAUCCAGCACUAGUAUUCAGACAUCUACAGUUACGUAAACUGCCUACACCUUCGACUAUUACACACACCAACAACAGUGGCUACGUAUUCAAGUGUCGCCUUCCUUUGGUAGCUUUUCUGUUGGUUGUGAUCAACAGAGGAAAGCCUGAACUGCACCACAGUAGCUGGUGCUCUUGAAAACUUGAAAAAAACUAAAUAUACACUUAAGGGAGGAAAUCUUUAUUUGCACCACCCUCUACUGCUGCUAUUGUUAUUCUGAUUCCUGUUCUAAUUUAGAUGUUUGAUAGGAGAAAUCUACUCACAAUAUUCUUCUAAAUCUAGGAGGGGUUUUAGCGGUGUGAUUGGAUAUACUUAUAUUAAGAAAGUAUUGUAAAUAUUAAGACUAAAAUAUUUUUAAAAUUGGUAUGAGUGAUUCAUACACUAUUUACAUAAAUAGAGAGGAGGGAUAUUCACGUACCUGUCUCCUCCUCCAAAAAAGCACCAUAUGUGAACACAGAGCCACUGGCAGCCUCUAUGUUUGUGGAGUAAGAGUGUACAACCCUCAGUCACAGACCCAGAGUCAGACCAUCUUACCCCAUCUUAAAAUGUGACGGUAUGGCGUGCCAGACGCUGACUCUCGGUAAGGCUGGGGCUGUGCUCCACCCCACUCCUGUUUACGGUUGUGGUAUGACAGAAACCAAUUGCACUUAUUUUUCAUUGUUAAUGUCCUAUUUUCAUGUAUGUUUUCUACUACACCAACCACUGCUGAUUGGUCACAAAUAAUAUGUCUUGUUUAUUUUAGCUGCCCUUUUUCUUCUUAAACUGUAAAAGCUGACUGUAGUUCCCUCCUCCCCUCCCCUUCCCCUCCCCCACUCUGCUGCAUUCAUCUGCCCUUGCCCUCUCUCCUUCAAUCCUGUUAGUAUCUUUUCUAUCUAAAGUAAACGCUGUCUUUCUCUCACCCCAUCUUUACAUUAUAUUACUGUUCUGGCUACUUUUUCAAAAAUGAUGAACAGGGAAAAAAUCUUUUAAUAAAUGACAAAUUUUUGAAAGCUGAA